GUUUGGUAUUUGACGUUGAUCUUACGCUGUCAUGGAACACGCGAAUCCGAAUUACCGAACGUUCUAGAAAACCUACCCUUCUCUAUCAUUUUCCUCAUUACAAAUUUCUCUUUUCCUCUCGUUUUUCCGGUAAUCAGCUAUAAACCAAACCCUUGUCGAUAUUUUCAACCCUUUCUUUCGCUCUCCCUUUCAGUUUUGUAGGCAUGGCAUCGAAACGCAUCUUGAAGGAGCUCAAAGAUUUGCAGAAGGACCCUCCUACGUCAUGUAGCGCCGGUCCUGUGGCUGAGGACAUGUUUCACUGGCAAGCAACAAUCAUGGGACCAGCUGAUAGCCCGUAUACGGGUGGUGUAUUCCUUGUUUCGAUUCAUUUUCCUCCGGACUAUCCAUUCAAGCCGCCGAAGGUUGCAUUUAGGACCAAGGUAUUCCACCCAAAUAUCAAUAGUAAUGGAAGUAUAUGCCUUGACAUUCUUAAAGAGCAAUGGAGCCCUGCACUAACGAUUUCCAAGGUUCUUUUGUCAAUUUGCUCCUUGUUGACGGAUCCCAACCCCGAUGAUCCUCUUGUGCCUGAAAUUGCGCACAUGUACAAGACUGACAGGGCUAAGUAUGAAGCCACCGCACGCAGCUGGACACAGAAGUAUGCCAUGGGAUGAUUAUAAAUACGCUUGCUUUGCUGUUUAAUGUAGCUGCGUAAUCACGAAUUAUGUCAAAACAAAAUGAUAUUUUGAAUGAAUGUUCUAUCCUCUCUUAUCAGUGGAACUAAGCCAUGGUAAGGGAAUUGGUUGGUUAUCAUUUGUGAAUAUUUCUUUGUAAGACGAUGGUGAUGGAAGUUGUAAUGUAUUCGUUUGCAGACA